AUGGCAUUUCCCACCUACUUGACCAUCGUUCCCACCCAUUACCUAUUCAAAAAGUGCAAAUACGCCUCCAUUCUUUAUUCAACAAUCACUUCUUCUCUUGUCUUCCUCCGACCAUCUCCAUUACUUCUUGAAUUGUUUGCUCCAAAGAGCUCUUGCCACAAAACAAAAGAACGGGAGUGGACCUCCCCCUCGGAUGGAUCCAUCACUUACAACGAGUUUUACACCGCGGUUGACCGCGCGGAGAAACGGGACCUCUUGUAG